AUGGCAAAUUACAGCAGCAGCGGUUCUAACAUUAGCACCGGUACCGACACCAGCAAUUCUCUCAGCUUCAAGAGCAAGAUAUCAUCAGCAACCCACUCGUCAUUGAAGAUCACGCCCGCAAACUCUCCUAUUUUCAAGCCAGCUUCGAACUCGAGAACUCCCUACAAAUCAGCUAGCUACCAGACCACCCUUUCUCUCCAAACCGUUAUUGGCACAACGACCUCAAACCCCAAUGGCUUCUCGUACCAUGAACCCACUCGCUCCUUCGCCUUGUGUGCGGGUUCCGCCGCUGUCCUCGCAGAGCUAGACGAGGACCUGUCCGUCUCCCAGCGAUUCUUUCGAGCACGGCCGGCGGCGACCGGCGUCAAUCCCAUUCUUUCUUUCUACAACCCCCCAGGACCCCCGACGACCCCAGAAUCGCGACUCAGACCACCCCAGGCUUCGCUGCGAGCGUCGAUAUCGGGCAGUUCGCAGCUUUAUACCAAUUCCCCAAAUGGUGGGGAGUGGGCAGAGAGCAAUGGGCCAAAAUCGUGGACAUCGCGAGAGAGGAUAAAAGCAGUCACAAGCGUCUCGUUAAGCCCUAAUGGCAGGUUGCUGGCGGCUGGAGAGGCAUGUUCAAACCAAUUCUACAUCACUACGGAAUACGACCAUGCUAACUAUUCCCCUUCCCUUACCAUAGACUGGAUAUAA